CCGCCUCGGCCAUUUCCGUCGCGCGCUGGCCGCCAUUUUGUCGCGGCUCGUGUGUGUCUGCUGGUGCGCGGCUCGGUCCCCGGGAGCGAGGCUUUGUCCGGUUCGGCAAUGGACGGGAUUGUCACAGAUGUCACGGUUGGCGUGAAGAGAGGAUCUGACGAACUACUCUCAGGUAGUGUUCUCAGUAGUCCAAACUCUAAUAUGAGCAGCAUGGUGGUUACAGCCAAUGGUAAUGACAGUAAAAAGUUUAAAGGAGAAGAUAAAAUGGAUGGGGCUCCUUCUCGUGUUCUUCAUAUCCGAAAACUGCCCGGGGAGGUGACGGAAACCGAGGUCAUUGCUCUAGGCUUACCUUUUGGGAAGGUGACCAACAUCCUAAUGCUGAAAGGGAAAAACCAGGCAUUUUUGGAACUAGCAACAGAGGAAGCUGCUAUUACUAUGGUGAAUUACUAUUCUGCUGUGACACCUCAUCUUCGAAACCAACCGAUUUACAUCCAGUACUCCAAUCACAAGGAACUGAAAACAGAUAACACACUAAACCAACGUGCCCAAGCUGUUCUCCAGGCCGUGACAGCCGUGCAGACAGCAAACACGCCCCUCAGUGGCACCACCGUGAGCGAGAGCGCAGUGACCCCCGCCCAGAGCCCGGUGCUCAGAAUCAUCAUUGACAACAUGUACUACCCCGUGACCCUGGAUGUUCUUCACCAGAUAUUUACUAAGUUUGGUGCUGUAUUGAAGAUAAUCACAUUUACAAAAAAUAACCAGUUUCAAGCUCUCCUCCAAUAUGGCGAUCCAGUAAAUGCUCAACAAGCAAAACUGGCUCUAGAUGGUCAGAAUAUUUAUAACGCUUGCUGUACUCUAAGGAUUGAUUUUUCCAAACUUGUGAAUUUGAAUGUAAAAUACAACAAUGAUAAAAGCAGGGAUUACACUCGACCUGACCUCCCGUCUGGGGAUGGACAGCCUGCACUGGACCCUGCUAUCGCCGCAGCGUUCGCCAAGGAGACAUCCCUCUUAGGGCUUCCUGUUGCAGCUGUUCCAGGAGCUCUGAGUCCUCUGGCCAUUCCAAACGCCGCGGCAGCUGCGGCUGCGGCCGCGGCGGGCCGCGUGGGGAUGCCCGGAGUCUCCGCGGGCGGCAACACGGUCCUGCUGGUUAGCAAUCUGAACGAGGAGAUGGUUACGCCCCAAAGUCUGUUUACCCUCUUCGGUGUUUAUGGAGACGUGCAGCGCGUGAAGAUUUUGUACAACAAGAAAGACAGCGCUCUGAUCCAGAUGGCCGACGGGCACCAGUCACAACUGGCCAUGAACCAUCUUAAUGGACAGAAAAUGUACGGGAAGAUUAUCCGUGUCACUCUCUCCAAACAUCAGACUGUCCAGCUACCUCGGGAGGGGCUCGAUGAUCAAGGUCUCACUAAAGAUUUUGGCAAUUCCCCACUGCAUCGUUUUAAGAAACCUGGAUCCAAAAAUUUUCAGAACAUUUUCCCUCCUUCUGCAACCCUUCACCUGUCCAACAUCCCCCCGUCGGCCGCGGAGGAGGACCUGAGGACACUGUUCGCCAACACGGGGGGCACUGUGAAGGCCUUUAAGUUUUUUCAAAGAGAUCACAAGAUGGCCCUCCUGCAGAUGGCCACGGUGGAGGAGGCCAUCCAGGCGCUCAUCGACCUGCACAACUACAACCUGGGCGAGAGCCACCACCUGCGCGUGUCCUUCUCCAAGUCCACCAUCUGAGGCGGGCGGCCGCGGUCCGUGCUGUGUGUGUCACACCGGGGACUGUUCAGAACGUGGGGACCAGAGUUUGUUUUUUUCCUUUUUUUUUUCUCAUGCUGUUACCAUUCCUUGGUUCUAAACGAAAUGGCGUAUGUAAAGGCAGAGUAUUAACUGCUGAUUCCAUCUGUUAGGGAAGCCAUUUUUAUUGUCUGUUUAACAUUUCUGUUUAAUUUUCCUUUUCUUUUUCAACUUAGUUGACAUACGUGCCUUAAAGGAAAACUAGUGUUGCUAUUGUGCAAUUGACUAGGCAUUUACAAGGAUUGCUUGUCUCGGGCACACUGUUACAUGGGGUACACUAUGUGUAGGCAGGGGUGUGUGAAAAGGUUAAGUUUUUGUUUCUCCUGCUUGGAACGUACUUUGAAUUACUGGCUUGUCACAUUUCUUUCUAUUUAGUCAAAUAAGAUACAGGAUAUUGAAAGAACAAAGCAUUUUUUAGUUUUAUUACCUUAGGCUUUAUUGCUUUAAAAAAACAUUGGCCUUUUUGUAUCUCACCAUUCUGGUCUAGAUUCUGUUAGGAAUGUAGGCAUUAGUUGAAUUAACAAGACGCAGAGUAUUAAUUUCUGUAAGUUUGAGCCCUACGUGGAAAGCAUUGUGGAACCUUAACCUUUUGUACACGCUCUUGUGGGACGCGUCAUAUAACUACUGUCAGCACCAAGUAACGUCUUGUUUGUGGCUGAAUAUUUUCGUAGAUGUUUUUUGAAGUUGACAUGACUUAUGUGCAUUUCAAUACCUAUUGCCAUCCUUAGUGUGUGAUGACGACUGGACAUGGCUGUGGAUUUCUGAGCAUGGAGGCGGGUCUAGCUAGUGCAGGACGGGUGCAUGUCUUUCCAGGAGGCAGAGUCGCUGCAAACCUUUGCAGGAAGAGGCAUUUGUGGCAGUUUUCUAAAACUGACAGCCAGGCGGGACCAAAGUUUAUGUGCCUUUAGUCUUAAUUUACCUUGCAUUGUAAUAUUCAGUUUUAAUAAACCUUCAAAAUAUUUUGUAUUUAGGAAUAGAUCUGACUUUAAUAAAAACAUGGCUCAGAAUCUACAGGUCAAAUUAAUUUGAACAGUUCUUGUCGAUCUGAAUUGCUGAUUCUGUUUAAAUGACCAAUACUUUUUUGAAAUUGAUGUACUUAGUUUCAAGAUUCAUAGAUUCUGUUACCUAUGUAGACAGAAUGGUCAUGUAUAUUUUCUAUUAGUUGAGUUUUUACAUCUUUAGAAAUGUAAAAUCCAGUCUAGUUUGGAAGCGGCACAAUUAAAAAUUACUUUUCUAACAAAGUCAGGAGGUCGAUGGUGGUCUACUUUCCUUGUGUGUACUCUGCUCCCUCUGUAGCAUGCUCAAUAAACACUGCAGCUCUGCUCA